AUGUGGGCAGUCGACAGCGGUGCGACGCAUCACAUCUGCAACGACAAAGCCAAGUGUGCAAGCCUGAAUGAGCGAGAGGAAGGCGAACUAUCAGUGACUGAUGGCAGCAAGGCUGCGAUCGAGGGUGUGGGAACCAUCAUGGAACGGGUGGUUCUGCCCAAUGGUGACUGUUGCAUUGUAGAUCGGAGCGAGGAAAGCGGAGCGAACGGAGCGGAGAGACCAAAGAGAGUAGAGCAGAAAACACUUGCCCAAUAG